AUGUCAAAAUUGCCGAGACCUGCAUAUAAAACAUUAAAUAACGCCGUCGUUUUGGCUCCCUUUUACACCUUGAAAAAAUGUUUUCAAAGUAAAUUAAUGGAUAUUUACGUUCAGGAAAAGUUAAAAAGGAUAAAUCACAAAACGAAAAUGGCUAAAAAUCGAAAUAUGUCUUUCGAAUAUGACGUUGUGCAAUUAAAUUCGGAACUUUCAAAAAAAAAAAAACACGGGAAAAAAGAAUCUCGGCAACAAACAUCGUCGAAAUUAAAAAAAAAAGAUGGUUUCAAUGUCAGUAAAAACUAUUGUAAAUGCGAUGAGAGUGUUUCUAAUCAAGACGGUCAUUUAAUUCAAAAUAACAAAUACCUUGAUAUAAAAGGAUCUAAAUGUGCCAUCAGACCACUUGUCAUUGGUACGAACUUGGGUGAUGAUUUAACUUGUUCUCACACCAUGUGCUCGAAACCAUGUUACGAGGGAAAUUCUAAAAAAAAAAGAAAAAUAGAUAGUAGAAUUGCCAAAAUGUCUUCUUUAAAACCUCACGAUUUAGAUUUCGUGUUGGCCAAAAGAUCGGCUAGAUCGAAUAGGAAAAGAAGCGAAGGCUCUAAUACAAGUUUAUCAGAUGCAAGUUCAAAAAUUGAUUCUUGGGAAACUUAUAGUGAUACAUUUUCGUGCAAAGAAGAACAUUUGGAAGGAAGUUUAGCCAUAUCUACCACAUCGUUUGAUUCAUGUUUAGAACAAGUUGAUAAAACAAGUGGUAAUUGCUCGGAAAUAAAUGAAAAUAAAAGCAGACGAUCAAAAUUUCGCACUCGUUUUAAACCCGUGGAAGAAAUGAGCGAUAAAGGAAAUAUUGAUGUUGGCUUACCCACAGUCAUUAGAUCACAAAAUUCAAGGCAUUUAAUUAUAAGUUUAGGAACGAAAAAUAGCGACGAUAGAAUAAAUGAUUUCUACGAUAGAGAUCCCGAGUCAAACGAUUAUCAAGAUAAUUCUCAAAAUGUACAAUCUUUAUCCAGAAUUUGUAAAACAAAAAAAAGGAGGCAGACGAGGCAAAGUUCUGAACCCGCUAGAACAUAUAAUUUGAGAUCGAGUAAAAAUAGUUCGAACGAAGAUUUAUCGUUGAAAAAUUCAAGUAUGAUCAAUAUAACAAAACAAGAUUGUAGAAUUUUAUUGUCACCUCAAAAAGAAAUAACGAAAAUUUUAAACAAAACAUUAACAAUUCAGAAUCCUAUUCCUAUGCUCGAAGAUAAAAGUUAUACGGAGAAAAAUAAUAAUAAUAGCAAAACAUUUUUAAACGAUAGCAAAAAUAAUUUAAAUGGUGAUAUGGCAAAUAAAGAAACUCUUGUACUUUUUAAAAAACCCGGGAAAUUUCUCGAAGAAAGUUGUAGUCAAACGGAUGAAUUUACAGAUAUAUACACAAGAUCUUUAGAUAAUGCCAAUGCUAUUAAUAUUAUCGCACAACAAGAAAGUAAAACAUCAAUUUCCGGUUCUAAAAUUUCAUUAAAAAAAUGCAAUGUUCCCAACGUGCCUGUAGAUGGUAAACAAAGUGAUAAAAAUGUUAUGGAAAAAAUUGAGGAAAAUAAUUGGGAAGAAAGGGAAGAAAAAGAAGAAGAAGAGGAUAAUAAAAUUGAAAAUACUUGGUGUGAAAAACCUAAAGAAAUUUCUUUGACCGCACACGAAACCGCGAAUGAAUUAUUAAAUGAAUCGUUACCUGAAAUCGAACGUGAUUUAAAUCUACAAGAAUCUUCUGAAGCGAAUGAUGUUGUCAAUCAACCAGAAGAUAAAGAAUUUUCAUUCAUUUUCGGAUCUCAAAAUUCUUCUUCAAUGAUGAAUUCGUGUAAAUUUACAUUUGGUAAUAACUGGGUAUUUUCCGAUGAAGAAGAUCCUGAGGGCAAAGACCGAUUUUUAUAA